AUGGCAGAGCAGCGAGCCAUGACCCUGGUAAAGAAAUUCAAGAAAGAUGAGGUCUAUGCUGCAGAAUAUAAAGACUUCAUGGAGGAUGUAAUCAGCAAAGGUUACGCAGAGAAAGUGCCCCGAGACCAACUCCACCGGAACGAUGGCCAGGUCUGCAUCGCUAACUUCGCUUUACAACGGACAGCAGAUGACAACAGUGGGAAGUAUGAUGAGGAGGUAACGGAGACAAUCAAGCACAACUUCUAUGUGGAUGAUUGCCUCAAGGAGUUGGUGGAGAGAGUAUCGAGCCAUGUGCUCUUGCAGCUGCUGGAUGACCUUUUGCAGGACAGGGUUGUGAACGACGGAGAAAAGGACGCUGUGAUCGAGGAGAACAAAAGCACAGCAGAUAAGGCGCGAUGCCUCUUGGAUAAAGUGCGGAAGCGAGGCCCGAAGGCUAGUGGGAAAUUCAUCUCCCGGCUGCAGGAAUGGGCCCUGUCUCGCCACCUGCACUGCCAGAUUUACCCCAUGAAGGAGAAGGGUCAGCGCAAGCGCAUGGCUCUGCUCAUCAACAAUGUCAAGUUUGACCACCUGUCUGAGAGGCGCGGGGCCGAAAAAGAUGUAGAGAACAUGGAGAAACUACUCAAAGCGCUGGGCUACACUGUGGAGACACACAGGGAUCUGUCUGCCCAGGACAUCGAUGAAGCUGUCAAAGGGUUCUCUCAGCAUCAGGCCCAUUUGGAGUCGGACAGCACGUUUGUGGUGAUCAUGUCCCAUGGAAAGCGGGAUGCCAUCUGCGGGAUCCACUAUAACGAUGAAGACCCCCAGAAAAAGAACCUCUUCCUCAUUGACAACAUCUUCAAACACCUCAACACAAAGAACUGUGCUGGGCUGCGCAACAAACCCAAAGUCAUUGUGAUCCAGGCGUGCAGAGGGGAUGAAAUCAGGACAGUGAGUGACAGUGCUUCCGCGCCCAAAUCUCUGGAGGAUGACGGCAUGUGGAAGGAACUCAAGGAGAGAGAUUUUGCCUGUCUCAUAGCCUACACCCCUGACACCAUGUCCUACAGAGAUCCUGUCAAAGGAGCCAUUUUAAUCCAGAAGCUUGUGGAGACCAUCAAUACACACGCCCACAAGGACCAUAUUGAGGAACUGUUCCGGAAGGUUAGGUAUCAGUUUGACGGUUCCAAAUGUCAGAUGCCAGUCACAGACAGAACGUCUUUGGUCAAGAAGUUCUACUUAUUCCCUGGACUGUGAUCCCUGCCUUCACCGGCCUAUUCCAGAUGAAUCCACUUUUUAAAAUCCAGAUUAGUCAACUGCUCUCUUAAUCCAGAUUAGUCCACUGCUUGCUCUCUUAACCCAGAUUAGUCCACUGCUUGCUUUCUCUAUCCAGAUUAGUUAUUGGAGGCAGCUCUUGUUGUGUUAAUGACAUAAAAUAGCUCCAAUAAUACAAAUUGUAAGAGACGUGUCCAAUGAAAUCAAUUUUCUAUCUGCAAAA